AUGGGUAGAAAGCUCAGUGGUUGUGCUUACCAAAAAUUGAGUACAAUUAAAAAAGAUGGAGUGAAAAAAAGUAUGAACAAUAAUAUGAAACUUGAUUUAAUGUUCCAAGGAGUACAACAAAUAGACACCGUUCAUACCGUUCAUACUGUUGCCAGUGAAAUAAUCGAUAAUAUAGGGCAUUCAAGCAAUGAAUUUAUUGAUUCAGUAAAAAGUUCACCACUUAUUGACCAAUCUUCAGUGAAAUGUAAAUCCAUUAAAGAAGAUCAUGUUGGAAAUGAAGUAAAAAGUGUGAAUGUACCGCUUAUUGACCAAUCUUCAGUGAAAUGUAAAUCCAUUAAAGAAGAUCAUGGUGGAAAUGAAGGUAUACGGACCAGCUGUUCCUCCGUGACUAAUGAUAAUUACCUUCUUAAUAUAUUACUUGCUACCUACUAUGUUGCGGCGUCAACAGAAGGUUUUGAAACUCAAAUUGCCAAUGAAGUGAACAUUUUACAAACACCUAGUUCUUCAGAUAUGCCAGAUGAUGAUCCUGCUUUAUGGAUAUUAAAUGAGGUGACCAGAGAUUUUAUUUGCAGAAACGGAUUUAAUCAGAAUUUGGAUAAUGAUUUUUCACAAUCUAAAACACAAUACCAGUAUAUACGUCAAGGAAAAUUUAGACCUCAUAAUAGGUACCUAAGUAAAGAUUUAUUUAAAACAGCAUUAAUUAAUGGUAAAACAUGUCAAAGAGACUAUCUUUGUUACUCAACUGGAAACAUCCAAAUAAAAUUAAUACUCAUGAAAAUUCAACUAUGCAUAAAACCUGUACAUUUAAAAUGA